CAACCAAUCAUUGACGUCAUACUGCGCAUGUUCGAUUAAAGUUCCAAACCGCGACGCUGGGGGAAAAGACAGGGCAUCCUAAUUACCAUUCAAAAAUCAUACUAAAAACGCAUGCCAGCGCAAAAUAUAUGGUGAAAUCACGGAAUCAGACAUUUAAGACUUCAUUUUUUGUGUGACAUGCCUGGUGGAAAGUUUGACGACGAAGAAAACGUGGAAAUGGAAGAGGAGGCCGGCGAAGACGAAAGUUUUGAAGAUGAAGCCGCUUCAGAAAAAAAAGUAAAAAAGAGGAAAAAGAAAGAUGGAGAACGACAGAAAAGAAAAAAGAAAAAGAAGAAACACGAUGAUGAAGUUGAGGAUUAUGGCAGAUCUGAGGAUGAAGAUUAUGCAUCUCCACCAAAGAAACAGAGGAAGCCAAAAACUCCAUCAAUCAGUGCUCCUGCUCAACAGGCAAGCAAGACUCCAUCAGAGAAGAUAGCAGAAGAACUUGGUGUAAGCAACAUAGAAAUAGAAUACUCAGAUGAUGAUUUCACAUCGCUCAACAAUUACAAGUUAUUUAAAGAACACAUCCAGCCUCUGAUUCAAGAGGCAAACCCUAAAGUACCCAUAGAACGUAUGGUGUCCCUGAUAGGAGCCAAGUGGAAGGAGUUUGCUAAACUGGUUACUGAACGCCACAAGAAAGGUGACUCCAGCACACUGAGUUCACCUCCUUCUGCAAAGAAACCAGAUGACACUCCGGCUAAAGCUAAAAAAGAGGCCCAGGAUGAUGCCAAAGACUCAUCUUAUGCUCAGGAGCAAGAUGAGUUGGAAGGUAGUGAAGAGGAAGAAGAGAGAGAUGAGGAGGAGGAAGAGGAAGAAAUUGAAGAAAAACCAAGGAAAAAAGGCAGGAAGAAAACAGUGGCUCCUAUAAAAAUCAAAAUUGAAAAGAAGAAAAAGAAGAAGAAGAAAACUAAAUCUGAGGAUGAGGAAAACAAAUACAAUACAAGUGACGAAGAAUUUGACAGACAAUUAGAAGAGGCGGCACGUUUAGAGGAGGAGGCCAAGGCAGAGGAGGCAGCAUUACCUAAACGUAAAUCUAAAACAAAGAAAGGCAGAGGUCGUAAUGUCAGAAAGAAGACAAAGCUGACUAAUAAAUUCCCAACCGAUCCCGAUGCAGAGGGCUAUGAGACUGACCAUCAGGAUUACUGUGAGGUGUGCCAGCAAGGAGGAGAGAUAAUUCUGUGUGAUACCUGUCCCAGAGCCUAUCACUUGGUUUGUCUAGAGCCGGAAUUGGAGGAGGCUCCAGAGGGAAAAUGGAGUUGUCCAAAGUGUGAAGGAGAAGGAAUCAAAGAACAGGAAGAAGAUGAACACAUGGAAUUCUGUCGUGUGUGUAAAGAUGGCGGAGAGUUGUUAUGUUGUGACCAGUGUCCAUCGGCCUAUCAUCCACAUUGUCUGAACCCGCCACUUAAAACAAUUCCGGAUGGAGACUGGCAAUGUCCGAGAUGUUCAGUAAGUCAACCUUCGAAUACUACCGAUAGUAAGUUAACACCACUGUUAGGCAGAGUUCAGAAGAUAUUAACAUGGAAAUGGACUGACCCACCGGCAGAUGAAGGUAAAAUGGAUGAACUUGACCACACCCACCCUCAUCUGCCAGCUGUUACAAAAAAGAACCGUAAACCAUUGAGAGAGUUCUUUGUAAAAUGGCACAAUAUGUCAUAUUGGCAUUGUUGUUGGAUAACAGAAUUGGCUUUGGAUGUAUACCAUCCUGCACUGUUCCGUUGUUACAUCAGAAAGAAUGAUAUGGACGAGCCUCCUCCUUUAGAAGAUGGCAGCAGUUAUGGACAGAAAGAUUUUCACAAAGAUAAACAGAAGAGAGGCAAUGGUGGAGAGAACUUGGAGGAAAAAUAUUAUAAAUAUGGCGUUCGUCCUGAGUGGCUUCAAAUAAAUAGAGUUAUCUCCCAUAGACAUUCCAAAGAAGUAAAAUGGUAUUUGAUUAAAUGGUGUGAUCUUCCGUAUGACAAUUCAACCUGGGAGAGAGAGGAUGCUGAAAUAACCGAUCUGAAAAAACAUAUUGAUAAUUAUGAAGUGCUAAGAGUCCUCACAAACUUUGGUGGUGAAAAGAAAGGACCAGGUAAAAAGAAGAGGAAGAACCUUCCUGCUGAUGUUUUGGCUAAACUACCACCUGCCGUACCUACCACAGAUUUGAAAAGGAAAUUUGAAGUGCAGCCUGACUAUAUCACUUGUACAGGAGGGACCCUACAUCCAUACCAGUUGGAAGGUUUGAACUGGUUACGGUACUCCUGGGCUAAUGGUACUGACACAAUCUUAGCUGAUGAAAUGGGACUGGGCAAAACUAUACAGACUAUUGUCUUCCUGAGCUCUCUACACAAGGAGGGCCAUUGUAAAGGGCCAUUCCUGAUUGCGGCACCAUUAUCCACCAUUAUUAACUGGGAGAGAGAGUUUGAAUUCUGGGCUCCAGAUAUGUAUGUUGUAACCUAUAUUGGUGACAAAGAUUGCAGAUCAGUCAUUAGAGAUUACGAGUUUUCCUUUGAUGAAGGUGCUAUACGAGGUGGACCAAAAGCUUGUCGUAUGAAAUCUGAUGCUACUGUUAAAUUCCAUGUUUUGUUGACGUCUUAUGAGCUGAUCAGUAUAGAUUCUGCUACUCUUGGGUCGGUUGAUUGGCAAGUUCUAGUUGUGGACGAGGCUCACAGAUUGAAAAAUAAUCAGUCUAAGUUUUUCAAAGUACUAAAUAACUACAAGAUAGCCUAUAAACUGUUGCUUACUGGUACCCCAUUACAGAAUAACCUAGAGGAAUUGUUCCAUUUACUGAACUUCCUUAGUCCUGGGAACUUCCACGAUCUUCAAGGAUUUUUGGAUGAGUUUGCUGAGAUCUCAAAAGAAGAUCAAGUGAAGAAAUUACACAACAUGUUGGGUCCACAUUUACUUAGACGAUUGAAAGCUGAUGUACUCAAAGGCAUGCCAUCAAAGAGUGAAUUUAUUGUCAGAGUGGAACUUAGUCCCAUGCAAAAGAAAUACUACAAGUAUAUCUUGACCAGGAACUUUAGUGCUUUGAAUGUCAAGGGAGGUAACCAAGUGUCUCUGUUGAACAUCAUGAUGGACCUGAAAAAAUGUUGUAAUCAUCCUUAUCUCUUCCCUACAGCAGCUAUGGAGGCGCCAAAGUUACCAAAUGGUAUGUUUGAAGGGUCAGCUCUGAUCAAAGCUAGUGGUAAACUGGUACUUAUGGCUAAAAUGUUACGGAAGUUAAAGGAAACAGGACACAGAGUUCUUGUAUUUUCACAGAUGACAAAAGUGUUAGACAUCUUGGAAGACUUCUUAGAAAAUGAAGGCUACAAAUACGAGAGGAUUGAUGGAGGUAUCACUGGGCAACUUAGACAGGAGUCAAUUGACAGAUUUAAUGCGCCUGGUGCUCUACAGUUUUGUUUCUUGUUGUCAACACGAGCUGGAGGUCUAGGUAUCAACUUGGCUACAGCUGAUACUGUUGUGAUUUACGACUCUGAUUGGAAUCCUCAUAACGAUAUACAGGCCUUUAGUAGAGCUCACAGAAUUGGUCAGACUAACAGAGUAAUGAUUUACCGAUUUGUCACUCGAGCAUCAGUGGAAGAGAGAAUUACACAAGUGGCAAAAAAGAAAAUGAUGUUAACCCAUUUAGUCGUAAGGCCAGGAUUGGGAAAUAAAUCAACUAACAUGUCUAAACAGGAGUUAGAUGAUAUUCUAAAGUUUGGUACUGAGGAACUAUUCAAAGAUAUGGCUGAAAACAAGGGAGAUGAUGAUGACAGUGCCAACAGAAUUGUAUAUGAUGAUGACGCCAUUUCCAAAUUAUUGGAUAGAUCUCAAGAAGGACAGGAGGAGAAAGAAGAAGCCAUGAAUGAAUAUCUAAGUUCAUUCAAAGUGGCUAGUUAUGCUGUUAAAGAUGUUGAAGAGGAAGAAGAAGAACCAGAAACUGAAGUUUUGAAACAGGAAGCUGAGCAUGCUGACCCAGCUUAUUGGGAGAAACUGUUACGUCAUCAUUAUGAACAGCAGCAGGAAGAUAUGGCUCGUACUCUUGGUAAAGGAAAGCGUGUACGUAAACAAGUGAAUUAUAAUGAUGCAAUGACAGUACAGGAUGAUGACACUUGGAAGGAGCAUGUCUCAGACUUUGAUUCUGACUUCAGUGCCAAUGGUGAUAAUGAAGAGGACGAUGAUGACUUUGAUGAGAGAGACUCUGAGAGAAAACGUAGGCGAGACAGAUCUGAGAAGGACCGUCCAUUACCACCUCUUCUUGCCAGAGUAAAUGGACAGAUUGAGGUGUUGGGUUUCAAUGCUAGACAGAGGAAGGCUUUCCUAAAUGCUGUUAUGAGAUAUGGGAUGCCACCACAGGAUGCUUUCAAUUCUCAAUGGUUAGUAAGAGACUUAAGAAACAAAUCAGAAAAAGUGUUCAAAGCCUAUGUAUCACUCUUCAUGAGACAUUUAUGUGAACCAGGGGCAGAUAACUCAGAAGCAUUUGCUGAUGGUGUACCAAGAGAAGGGUUGUCUAGGCAACAUGUACUAACCAGAAUUGGUAUAAUGUCAUUGGUUCGUAAGAAGGUUCAAGAAUUUGAACAAAUUAAUGGUAACUUUAGUAUGCCUUACUUGAAAGCCAAUGAUGCUGUAGAAAAAAUGAAAAAGGAGAAAAAUUCUUCAGCAUCUGCGUCUGCUGCAGCUUCACCAGCUCCUGCUGCUGAGGUGAAAGAAGAGAAAACAGAGGUAAAAGAGGAAAAAGCUGAGGGUGCAAAUGGUGAGGACAAGAAAGAGGAAGGUAAAGAAGAAAAGGAACUUGAUGAAAAGAAAGUUGAAGGUGACGAAAAGAAAGAGGAGAAUGAAGAAAAGAAAGAUGAAGGUGCAGAAAAGAAAGAUGAUGGUGAUGAAAAGAAAGAUUCCUUGAAGGAAAGUGAUGAUUCCAAAGAGGACAAAAAAGAAACUUCAGAGGAGAAGAUGGAAGUGGAUGAAAAGAAGGAUGAGGAAAAGAAAGAUGUUGAAGAGAAAGAAGAAGUUAAAGAAAAAGAAGCAGAGGAAAAGGUAGAAACACCAAAAGAAGAAGAGAAAAAAGCAGAACCAAUGGAGACAGAAAAGACAGAAGGAGAGGAGAAAAAAUCUGAGGAAGUAGAGUCAAAUGAAGAAAAGAAAGAGAGCACAGAGGAAAAUAAAGAGAAAACAAAAGAAGGUGAAGAAGAAAAGGAAAAGGAAUCCAAAGAUGACAAGGAGUCAAAAGAAGAAGUGAAAGAAAAAACAUCUGAUGAUGUGAAGGAAGAAAAGAAAGAAGUGAAAGAAGAGGAUGAGACUGAAGAGAAAGAGAAGAAGCCUGAAGAUAUAAAGAAAGCUGAGGAGAACAAUCAAAAGUUUAUGUUUAACAUUGCUGACGGUGGAUUUACAGAGUUACAUACCUUGUGGACCAAUGAACAGAGGGCGCUGCAGCCUGGCAGGGAGCAUGAAGUCUGGCAUAGACGUCAUGACUACUGGUUACUGGCUGGAAUUGUCACACAUGGCUAUGGACGAUGGCAGGAUGUCCAGAAUGACCCAAGAUUCCAGAUCAUUAAUGAACCAUUCAUCAGUGAGCAAGGCAAGGGGAACUUCCUAGAAAUCAAGAACAAGUUCCUGGCUAGAAGGUUUAAGUUAUUAGAGCAGGCACUGGUAAUAGAAGAACAAUUAAGGAGAGCUGCUUAUUUGAACCUUACACAGGACCCUAACCACCCAGCUAUGGCAUUAAAUGCUAGAUUUGCCGAGUUGGAAUGUUUGGCUGAAAGCCAUCAACAUCUGUCUAAAGAAUCUCUGGCUGGUAACAAACCCGCUAAUGCUGUAUUACAUAAAGUAUUAAAUCAACUGGAAGAACUCCUGAGUGACAUGAAACAGGAUGUGAGUCGCCUGCCAGCGACGCUUGCCAGAAUACCGUCAGUCAGUCAACGACUACAGAUGUCAGAGAGAAGCAUCCUGAGCCGAUUGGUCAAUCCAAAUCAGGCCUCUUCAUCAGGUCAAGCUGCCCCCAUAUCCUCUGCUUCACUUAAUACUACAUCCUCUGCCAUGCUGGCUGGAAUGUCUCAGGCCACCUAUCUCACAGCAGCUGCUGCUCUCCCUGGCGCUUAUUCCCAAAAUCUUCCUGGUUUCAGACCUCAAUUUGGCAUUCCACAGUCACCUUUUGGUCAAGGACCAUUAGGAUUUCCCAUGAUUCCUGGGUUACCAGGACAACCUGAUAUAAGUACAACAAUGUCAGCCAUUUUGAGUGGAGGACUUCCAGGUCAGAUGUCAGCAUUAAAACAGAGUCCAGCCCAACCUAGUCCCUCUCACAGAUCUCCGGCACCCACACCUGGACCAUCAGCCUUCGAUCAGUCUCCAUUUUUAUCGAGUGAAUCUUUCCCGUGGGUCGUCACGUCUGAAUCACUAAGCAAGACUAUAGAGAAGACAAUGCUUAGUCAAAGUAUGUCCAAAUAAAGAGGACCAGAUUCCGGGAAAGGUGAGCCAAAGGUGAAUGGUGGAAAGAGUGUUAUAUGUCUGGAUGAAUAGCUGUUGUACAUAUCAUACAAGUCAUUCCACGUGGAAUAUCGUAUUUAUUGUGUCUCGUAACUUACAAUAUCAUUUAUCUUUGGAACUUUUAAAGCAUUGUACACUCUCAUCAUGAAUCAUUGGAUGCUACAUUUGAUUGAGAGCAGACGGGCAUAUGUUGCUUUCACUUAUUGUUCAUUGGCAUUCAGCUGAAUCAUAAUUCAUAGUUUCAGACUUUAUAGGAUUAUGGGUAAUAUAAUAUUGUUUGUACACCUAACAUGAAGUAAUCUUAUGCCAUUGGUCAAAUAUCCAGAGUUUAUGAUGAUUUUGACCAAUAGCACACUUGGUGUACACUUUUGACAAUAUUUCCCAGAAUGCAUUAGAUUCUGAAAUGGUAUUCAUUCAUAACUCAUUUAACAUUCAACUGCAGCAAUAUAAGCAGAAAAUUAAGCUGUUUUAAAAAAUAUAUUGCUUUUCUUGAAAUACACAUGAUUUCUUGUUCUCUGAUGCUUUUGUUAAAAUGUCACUUUUGUUGUGUAAACCAAUUUAUAUUGUAAUGCAUUUGUCAAUUUCUAUUUCUGUAUUGUUAUGUUUGUUUUUAAACAUGGUGCACAAGUUGCUAACCCUGAUAAUUGAAACUGAAAUUUGAAAUGUAUUUCUUAGACCUUUUUUAUUUUUCAUAUUUUUUUUAAACAUUGGUGAACAAGUUCCAUAACUUUUCAGUAAUAAAAAGGGUGAUCUUCGAACUUGAUUUUGCACAGUACAUUUCAAUAGCUUUCAGUGUUGGCUAAACUUAUUUAGGAAAUGGGCUUUAGUUAUUUUAGGCCCUGCAUACCAUUAUGCUAUACAUAGCUUUCAAUUUCAGAACUUUUACUUCACACUGUGAAUGAAUGAUGUGCCCUCUAAUUUGGGGUCUGUUAACACUAUGCACCAUGUUAGAAAUACUUGUCACUGGACAUUGGAAGAACUUACUUUUUUGGUUGACUUGAAGGAAUACAAGACAUCAGACUGUUAUUUGAUAGACUAGAAUUAAGAAAUAUUAUGUAACUUAAUUAUAUCCAUCUUUUUUUUCGUUUGUUAGUAAAUAUAUCAUGGGAAAUCCAGUAUGUUCCAUGUGUAGACUUGGAUUUAGGGAAAUCUAAAAUCAGUAAUGUGUUUGUAAUAGUCUGUUUUCAUCAAUGUUUUUCAAGCUUUCUUGUGUACCUGAACAAAAAACUCUGUGUUACAUAAAAGCUUAGUGUCUGUUGAUGAAAUUGUUUGACUUAAACAUACUAUUAGUUUUUAAAAGAUUUACCCUGAUCUAGAUCUACUUCCUCAGUUUUGAUGAAAAUUAAUGAACUUGCUGUAAUAUUUUUUUCUAUAGAAAUAGGUGCUUUUUUUCUUGCUUUACAAAAUCUUGUUACAGAAACUUUUUUUGUAUAUAACAUUUUUCUGUUUUUUAUAUAAGUUUUUGGAACAGUUAGAUUUUAGACAUGUGAUCAUGAAAGUGUUUUAUAAUGAAAUAAUGAUGAAUUAACACAACAUCAAUGAAACUGAAAAAUGACAUCAACAUUGUACUAGUUCAUUAUGGCAAGUUAAUGUUAAGGUUGGAAAUAAUAGACCAGCUGUAA